AUGCCCAAGUCAACUGUACAUAGAUACGUUAAGAAAGGAGCAAUUAAAAAACACACGAACGCAAUAAAACCAGCCUUCACAGUAGACACCAAGAAAACACGGUUAGAAUUCUGUUUGGGAAUGCUUGAGCUUAACCCUUACAAGGAUAAUAUAAUGCUAAAGGCCAAUUGUGAUUUUAUACAUAUAGAUGAGAAGUGGUUCUUCAUGACAAAAGCAACAGAGAAUUACUACCUUCAUCCGGAAGAAACCGAACCAUAUCGUACAUGUCAAAGUAAAAGGUGCAUUAAAAAGGUCAUGUUUUUGGCAGCAGUAGCUCAUCCUAGGUUCGAUGAGUUUGGGAAUGAAGUUUUUAACGGAAAAAUAGGUAUAUUUCCUUUUGUAACAAAGGAGGAAGCAAAGCGAACGAGCAAAAAUCGUCCGGCUGGAACACUCGAAGAUAAACCAAUUGAAUCAGUGAACAAAGACGUUACAAGAGCUUGUUUGAUUAAGAAAUUAUUACCAGCCAUUCGGGAAAAGUGGACAAACUACAAUGGGGAAACUAUCUACAUCCAACAAGAUAAUGCGAAACCACAUAUUAAAGUGGAUGAUGAAGAAUUUUUAAAAGAAGCCGCAAAAGAAGGUUUUGAUAUUAGGUUGAGAUUCCAACCUUCACAAAGUCCCGGCAUGAACGUUCUUGAUCUAGGGUUUUUCAGGGCUAUACAAUCGUUACAGCACAGAGAGGCGCCUACUACCGUUGGAGAACUUUUAUCGGCUGUGGAUAAAGCAUUUAAUGAAUUAUCGACACAAGCUCUGAAUGACGUAUUCCUCUCAUUGCAACUAUGCAUGGUAGAGGUUCUAAAUCUUCAUGGAGGAAACAAUUAUAUAUUGCAGCAUAUAGGGAAAAAGAAACUUGCACGCAUUGGUGAACUUCCUACUCAAAUCGAAGUGGAUAAGAAUCUGGUGAAGGAAGCAACUAAUUACCUCUCAUGUUUAAGAUAUUUCUGCAAUGCUGGCGAAACACAUGGCAAUGAUAUCAUCAUGUAG